AUGUUUGGAGAACGGCGACUGUCCUGCACUGAGGAGAGUCAGAGCCAAUCAAAUGAGGGACAGCGUCUCAGUUCACAGGACGUGGAAGAACUGGUCAUAACGCUGUGGAGUCCAACACAAAGAGGGACAGCUGGACACCCCAGAGUCAGCUGUGUCGGGGAAAACGGCGAGUCCACUAAUAUGAGCGAGUGCCUGCGCUGGGCUGGCCCCACGCCCCCUCAGAUCAGAGACUGCAGAGUGCCUUGUAAGGAUGACUGCACGCUAACCGCAUGGUCCAGGUUUUCUGAAUGCGCCGGAUGUGGCAGCUUCCGAAGACGCAAACGCUCGCUCACAGGUCGCAGUAAAAAGAAGGAGCACUGCCUUAACGAGACGCUGUAUCCACUGGAGGACACAGAGGCUUGUCCCUGUCAGGAGUUUUUGUCUCAGCCCUUUGGGAACUGGUCUGCGUGUGUCCUACCCGGUCCCACGUCCACAGGCUCACAGCAGGGCUGGAUGGGCCACCGGCAGGUCAAGGAGUGUGGACAGGGGCUCCGCUACAGAGCUGUGGCCUGCAUGGACCCACAGGGACGUCCAGUGGAGCCCACAGUCUGCACUGACACAGGCUUCAUGGUGGAGGUGUGCCACGUGCCCUGCCCAUCCGACUGUAAACUCAGCGACUGGUCACCUUGGUCCGCCUGCAGCGCAUCCUGUGGCAGCGGCCUGAAGAUAAGGUCCAAGUGGCUCAGGGAGAAAGCCUUCAAUGGGGGACGGCCCUGCCCCAAACUGGACCUAAAGAACCAGGCUCAGGUGUACCAGGCCGUGCCGUGCCACAGUGAAUGCAGCCAGUAUGAGUGGAGGACUGAGCCCUGGUCCAUUUGUACCAUCAACUCUGUGGAUGACUCUCCAGCCUGUGGGGAGGGGGUCCAGAGCCGCAAGAUCAGGUGUGUUCAGAAGGGAAGGAGGAGCGAGGAGAGCAGCGCCACCGUGGAAGACAGUCUGUGUGAGCAGGAGGAGAGCCCCCCCACAGCCCAGGUCUGCACCCUGGCCUGUCCCAACCACUGUGUGAUGGCGCCCUGGGGACCCUGGAGCCCCUGCCCUUCGCCGUGCGACCAGAACUCAACCAGGACCCGGACCAGGACCAUCGUCCGCCCCCCCGCCUCAGAAAAGUCAGUGUGUCCGGAGUCGGUCCAGUCAGAACCCUGUGUCCUCAACAGCACCUGCUUCUGGUACCAGUACAGGGUCUCAGACUGGAGUACGUGUCAGCUGAGUGAAAACGCCAUCUGUGGGCGGGGCCUACGUUUACGCCUCCUGGACUGUGUACGCGGCGACGGCAAGACCGUGGAAUUCCAGAAGUGUGAGGAGAAUGAACGAGUGGAUGAUCCAGAAUUAAAUCCAGAUCAAACCGGUCUGAUUGUUUCAGAUGGACCCCAGGGGGGACAUUCGUGGCCCACCUGUCAGCUGUUUGACGUGGAGCUGUGA